CCUCUGCCACCCCAGCAGCUGGUUCAACUGGAAACCUCAGAUUACUCUAGGUUCUGGCCAAAAACUGGUUUGGCAGCUCUAGGGGAAUGUUUCUGGCUGACUGACCCUCACAGCAGGUGCUGGCAGUUUUGCCAAAGAAAGAGAAAAGAGGAAAAUGGAUUGGAGGGAGGACUAAAGGAACGGAGGAGCUUAGCUAAAUUCGAAACACUAAACUUCUGCUCACUUGCAAGUUUACACUUGGGGAUUCACCUAAAAUUGCUACCAUCCCGCCAGCCCCAGUCCUUCCCUAACCCUCCAGUCCUUUGCAAGGUAAUUUUGUUGCAAUGCAGUUGGUUCUGCAGCGCGAUUGUUGAAACUACUGAAUCCGGCCGAAAGCGACUUUUAGCAGUGCUUCUCCUACCCUGCAACGCAACUAUCAUUAUUAAGGCGAUUGUAUCUCCGCUCUUUCCCCUCCUUACUCAAUCGCACUCCGGCUGUGAUUGCUCGGGUCUGACUUCGCAAGUGGCGGUGCGCUUCAAAACCCCCUCAUCCGCCCCUCGCCCGGCUCUCUCCACUCCCCUCCCUUUUCCGCGCCCAGGCGAAAGCAGCCGAUUGGCAGAGCGGGGCUUUCAGGAACAAUAACAGUGGGGGGAGCCGGGGCCCCGGGGAACCUCCCCGCCCCCGGCCCGGCUGCGGCUCACGCCCCUCUAGGGGUCCCCACCUCCGCGCCGCCCCACGGGCUGACCGGCGCCCGGGCCCGCCCCCGGCGCCCACCAUGUACGCCUUUGUGCGGUUCCUGGAGGACAACGUCUGCUACGCGCUGCCCGUGUCGUGCGUGCGCGACUUCAGCCCCCGCUCGCGACUGGAUUUUGACAACCAGAAGGUGUACGCGGUGUACCGGGGCCCGGAGGAGCUGGGCGUCGAGCCCGAGAGCCCCCCGCGUGCCCCUCGGGACUGGGGCGCGCUGUUGCUCCACAAGGCCCAGAUCCUGGCGCUGGCAGAAGACAAAUCUGACCUUGAGAACAGUGUGAUGCAGAAGAAAAUAAAAAUCCCCAAACUUUCUCUCAGUCAUGUAGAAGAUGAUGGGGAGGCUAAAGACUAUGGGGAAGAAGAUUUACAGCUUAGACACAUCAAGAGACCGGAGGGGCGGAAGCCUAGUGAAGCGGCCCACAAGAGUAUCGAGGCAGUGGUGGCCCGGCUAGAGAGACAGAACGGCCUGAGCCUGGGCCAUAGCACUUGUCCAGAAGAGGUCUUUGUGGAGGCCUCACCGGGCACAGAGGACAUGGACAGUCUGGAGGAUGCUGUCGUGCCCCGGGCUCUGUAUGAGGAGCUGCUGCGAAACUACCAGCAGCAACAAGAAGAGAUGCGCCACCUCCAGCAGGAGCUGGAGCGGACUCGGAGGCAGCUCGUACAGCAAGCCAAGAAGCUCAAGGAAUACGGGGCAUUGGUGUCUGAAAUGAAGGAGCUCCGAGACCUCAACAGGAGACUCCAAGAUGUGCUACUCCUGCGCCUUGGCAGCGGUCCCGCCAUUGACUUGGAAAAAGUAAAGUCAGAAUGUCUCGAGCCCGAGCCGGAGUUACGGAGCACUUUCAGUGAGGAAGCAAACACGUCGUCCUAUUACCCCGCUCCUGCGCCUGUCAUGGACAAGUAUAUCCUAGACAAUGGCAAGGUCCAUCUGGGAAGCGGGAUUUGGGUUGACGAGGAGAAAUGGCACCAGCUACAAGUUACCCAAGGAGAUUCUAAGUACACGAAGAACUUGGCAGUCAUGAUCUGGGGAACAGAUGUUCUGAAAAACAGAAGUGUCACAGGAGUCGCCACAAAAAAAAAGAAGGAUGCAAUCCCAAAGCCACCCCUCUCUCCUCACAAGCUAAGCAUCGUCAGAGAGUGUUUGUAUGACAGAAUAGCACAAGAAACGGUGGAUGAAACGGAAAUUGCACAGAGACUCUCCAAAGUCAACAAGUACAUCUGUGAGAAAAUCAUGGAUAUCAACAAAUCUUGUAAAAAUGAAGAACGAAGGGAAGCAAAAUACAAUUUGCAAUAAACUUUGAAUUUUUUUCAUAAGGCC